UUUGAAGAAAGAAAAAGGAAAGCGUGGACUUGAGUUGAGUGUGUUAUUUCCCUCCCUCCCUCAAGGAAAAGCAGCAGGCAAAUGGCGAUGAGAAAUAUGAUAGUGAUAACAGUUACGACGACAAUGGUGAUGGUGAUGAUAAGCAUAGUGGGAGGAUCAGCGAGUUGGUGCGUGGCGAAGAUUGGCGCGAGCGAGGAAGCACUGCAGACGGCAUUGGACUCUGCAUGUGAAGCCGGUGGUGGAGCUGAUUGUGCACCCAUUCAGCCUGAUGGCCUCUGCUACGUUCCCAACACUCUUCAAGCUCAUGCUUCUUAUGCUUUCAACAGCUUCUACCAGCGCAACACUAGAGCUCCCCAUGCAUGCCUCUUCCACGGUGCUUCCACCAUCGCACAAACCGAUCCCAGCUAUGGAUCUUGCGUGUACCCAUCCUCCGCAACCCCAAGUACUGCUGGAGUUACAAAUACAAAUACAACAGUGACAACACCUGCAGCGAUGCCGAAUGUGGCAGCACCUACCACAACAACUCCAAUCCAUGGCGGGGAUGGUGUAGGAAUGAACCCUCUAAUCCCUGAAAAUUCUACAUCAGCACCCAAUUCGAACACAAUAUUAACCACUACCUCAUUUUUAGUUUUCCUUCUCAUUAUGUCCCUUAUCCCUUAAUUGGCUUGCCUGUGCCUCAGUGCUUGUGUCUGUUUACGGUUUUGUGGAAUUGGAAUAUAACUAUCUGGCUCGAUGCAACUACAUAUUACGUAAGUGGGAGGUGCAGAGCUACAAUUGUUUUUUUUAUGACAAUAAUAUCAUUAACG